CGGGCGGGCGGGGAGAUCGGAGGAAGCAACGAGGUCGCUCGCGGUUAGGCUGUCGUCGUGCGCGGGCGCGGGCGUGGUGGAGUGGAUCUCAUCUGACGCCGCCACUUGCUGCUACGACUUCCCCAUCCCUCCCCCCACACCUCCUCCUCCGUCACCGUCCCAUCGCCUUUGUCUCUCUCUCUCCCUCUCGCGCAAUUCGCCGAACACGCCGCGCGCGCCUCGCCUCACCUCCCGACGGCGGCGGCCAAUGCUGGCGGCGCGAUGAGCGUGGAGGAGGAAGUGGAGGAGCAGGAGGGGGAGGAGGAGGAGCUGUUCUACGAGUCGCUCGACCGCAUCCUCUCCUCCUCGGGCUCCUCCACCUCGGCCUCGGACGACGAAGGCGCCGUCCGACCGCGCCGCCGCCGCGGCUGCGAUGCGUCGGCCGCAGCGCUCGACCUGUGGACCACCCAGCCGGCGCCCGUCCAGGAGCGCCGCCGCCGGCUGCUCCAGCUGUUGGGGCUCGCGGGGGACCCUUCCCUCGCCCGAUUCGGGGCGGGCCGGUCCGCCUCCGACGCCGCCGCGGGCUCGCUCCCGGCCUCUGCCGUCUCGCGUUCCAGAUCGGGCGGGGCCGCCCUGGGCUCCGCCGCGAAACCGCCGCUGGGGAGCGGCCGCCUGCGGCCGUCCUUGUCCGACGCGUCGGAUGCCGCGCUGGAGGCGGUCGAGGAGGACCCCAGGUGCUUGAUCAGGAACCUCGACGAUGGCAGCGAGUACGUGGUGAGGGAGGAGUUCUGCCUCCGCGAGGUAGGCACGGGGCGGCAGCUCACCGUGGAGGAGCUAGGCCGCUCACCUAUUGUCCAGGAGCUUAUGCGCCGCCAAGCUUUCAGUACUCCCAACUCCAACUGCAACUCGAAUUCCCAAAGUGGCGCCUCGACGCCCAUCGAGAGGUCCAGCUCCAGCUCCAGCAACGGCGGGGCGCACUCCAGGCGGCGCAGCAGCUGGCUCCGCAGCAUCCGCUGCGUAGCUGGCUCCAUGGCCACCCACUCCCGUGACCGCCGCAGCAGCGACGAGAAGGACACGUCUUCAGAGAAAGGCGGGCACCACUCCGGCUCUGCGACUGAUGGCAGCCAGGACUGUGUUCCACGCCAUGGCCCUGCCCGUGUCAAGGUGCGGCAGUACGGGAAGUCUUAUAAGGAGCUCAGUGGCCUAUUUACCACACAUGAGAUACAGGCACACAAUGGUUCCAUCUGGAGCAUAAAAUUUAGUCCUGAUGGCCGUUACCUUGCGAGCGCUGGGGAGGAUUGUGUAAUCCAUGUUUGGGAGGUGUUAGAGUUUGAGAGGGUGGGGAAGCAGAAGGUGGAGAAUGGGGUGUGCAAUCCAGUUGCCAUGGUGUGCAAUGGGUCAUCAGAGCUGAUUGUGUCAUCAGCUGCUCCAAGUGGGAGCCAUUGGGAAAAGAAGCUGCGGGCAAAGGUACUGCACAGCGGAGGGUCGGUGAGCUCAGACAGGUUGAUAUUGCCUGAGUAUGUGUUUGCACUGUCCGAGAAGCCUGUUAUAACCUUCGCAGGGCAUUCAGAGGAUGUGCUUGAUCUCAGUUGGUCCAAAUCUCAGUAUUUGCUUUCUUCAUCAAUGGAUAAAACAGUGCGGUUGUGGCACAUGUCAAGUACUUAUUGUUUGAAAACUUUCUCACACAGUGACUACGUGACUUGCAUCCAGUUCAAUCCUGUUGAUGAUAGAUACUUCAUUAGUGGUUCCCUGGAUGAAAAGGUUCGAAUCUGGAGUAUUCCUAAACGUGAAAUUGUCGACUGGGUCGAUUUACAUGAAAUGGUUACUGCUGCCUGCUAUACCCCAGAUGGAAAGGGCGCACUGAUUGGAUCUCACAAGGGUAGUUGCCAUCUGUAUGAUACAUCUGAUGAUAUGCUUUGCUACAAAAAAAGAAUCGACCUGCAAAACAAGAAAAGGAAAUCCAGACAGAAGAAAAUCACUGGAUUUCAGUUUGUCCCAGGGAGUUCCUCAAAGGUCAUAAUCACAUCUGCAGAUUCAAGAAUCCGAGUUCUUGAUGGUUUUGAGCUAGUCCACAGGUUUAAAGGAUUCCGGAACACCAGCAGCCAAAUUUCAGCCUGUUUAGCUGGAAAUGGGCAGUAUAUUAUCUCUGCAAGUGAGGAUUCCCAUGUAUAUAUGUGGAGAAACAAUGAUGAUUUCGAGCCAAGUAGAAAGAAGGGCACUGUUUCUGUCACAAAUACCCAUGAACACUUCCACUGCAAGAGUGUGACAGUUGCUGUUACCUGGCCUUUUACUAGUACCACAAUGGCUUCUAACAAACAAGAAGAGCUGGAUUAUGGGCCGGAGAAUGACCAUAUACUGCAAACCAAACCUGCAAAAGCACAGGAGCUGCCAGAUGUUAAGUACCAGAGUACCAACAUCGCAAGUAACAAUUCAAAUCAUAAUGGUGACAAAUCUGUGACUUGGCCUGAAGAACUCAUCACACCAGCAAAGCAGAGUCACAGGCCUACUGCCUGCCUUGCCGACGAGGGAGAUCAGGCUCCAAAUCAGUCAGCUUGGGGCCUAGUAAUUGUCACAGCAGGUCGUGGAGGUCAAAUCAGAGCAUUUCAAAACUUUGGUUUUCCUGUUAGAGUAUAGCAUGAAUCCAAAUACGUAAGAUAGUCACUGCCAUUCAGUACUGUAGUUUAUGUAUAGAUAGGAGAUACUGGUCAAGUUUCACACCAUUCAGGGAUUGGAUUUGAUUGUUCCUUGGUGCGCCUGCUAGAUAUCACAGAAUCUUCAGCUAACAUACACUGUCAGUACUCCUGAACUUGGUAUGCGAAAUUCAUUUACCCCUAAACUGUACAUGAAAGGGAAAGCCCUGCAGAGAGCAACAGCAUCAACUGAGAUCUUUCAUCCGUCAGCUUCAACCUUGUCCCACUCUCCAUCUUUGGUUUUUCACCAAAACCAAAGCAAAAAAAAAAGAAAUACAGUGUUAUAUGUUGUGGUGAUUUCACAUUCUGGCUUUGUGAUCUCAUGGUGCGGCGAAUAAUUUUUGGCCUGGAGCUUUUUAAA